CUGUUGUCCAUACCCUCUUUUUCCUUCCAUUAUGUAGCAAAUGUGUACCAAAUGUGUAGCUAAUGUGUAGAAAUAUACACUUAAAAUACACGAGAAUAUGGCGUCCACGCUGCUUAAGAAAAAAUAAAAUCCAACAAUUCUAACAUAACCUCAAAUUUGCCGCUGCAGUCGUCGGAGAAGUCGUCGUCAUCAUCAGCGUCAGCGUUGUUGGCGGGUCCUCCCCAGCCCCCACAGCCACACCGCCAGCAGCAAAUGAGCAGCCAUGAAUGAGAAAAUAAAGUCGCCGUCAACCCAGGGAGGUGCUGGGGCCGGAACCCCCGCUGCUGCUCCGCCCUCGGCAUCUGGAAGUGCGGCCGCCGCAGCAGCAGCGGCAGCCAGCAGUGGUGCAGGUGGUGCCAGUGUCGGUGCCAAUUCCGCAUCCACGCCACCCACUUCCGGCCCACCCACGCCCAACAACAACGGCAGCGAUCCGAUCAUACAGCAAAAUGUCGGAGUGCCGCACCCCUACGGCGCCCCGCCACCGCCUGGUUCGGCACCAGGUGCACCACCGGACCCGGCGGCGGUUAUGCACUACCACCAUCUGCACCAGCAGCAGCAGCAACAACAACAACAGCAGCAGCAGCAUCCGCCGCCACCGCCCCACAUGCAGCAUCACGGCGGGCCGGCGCCGCCGCCAGGAGCACCUGAGCAUGCGCCCGGCGUGAAGGACGAGUACGGUGCGGCAGUGGCUCACCUGCCACCGCCCCACGCUCAUCCUGCCUACGCACGGUACCACUCUGGCGACCCCAACAUGGAUCCCUACCGCUACGGUCAGCCACCGCCCGGCGGCAAGCUCCCGCAGCCCCAUCAGCAGCAGCAGCAACCACAACAGCAGCAGCAGCAGCCGCCGGGUGCGGGAGGCUCUCCCAAUCGGCCGCCACAGCAGCAGCAGCAACGUUACAUCCCUGGCCAGCCGCCGCAGGGGCCCACGCCCACGCUGAACUCCUUGCUGCAGUCCUCGAAUCCGCCGCCGCCCCCGCAGCACCGCUAUGCGAAUAGCUACGAUCCCCAACAAGCAGCCUCGGCAGCGGCGGCGGCGGCAGCAGCAGCCCAACAACAACAACAGGCGGGCGGACCCCCGCCUCCUCCACCAGGACAUGGACCGCCUCCGCCGCAGCAUCAGCCAUCGCCGUACGGAGCGCAACAGGGCGGCUGGGCACCGCCCCCCCGACCCUACAGUCCACAACUGGGGCCGUCGCAGCAGUAUAGGACGCCACCACCGACGAACACUUCCAGGGGUCAAUCGCCCUAUCCGCCAGCUCACGGUCAAAAUUCAGGUUCCUAUCCUAGUUCGCCGCAGCAGCAGCAGGCACAGGCACAACAGCAGCAGGCGGGUCAGCAGCCUGGUAGCGCGGGACCGGGAGGACCUCCGCCGGGCGCCGCACAGCAACAGCCGCAGCAGAACACACCGCCAACAUCUCAAUAUUCGCCGUACCCGCAACGAUACCCCACUCCGCCUGGACUGCCGGCCGCGGGACCCAAUCAUCGAACUGCCUACUCGACGCACCAGUAUCCGGAACCGAAUCGGCCCUGGCCCGGCGGCUCUUCGCCCAGUCCUGGUCCCGGACAUCCAUUGCCGCCCGCCUCCCCGCACCAUGUGCCGCAGCCUCUGCAACAACAACAGCAGCCCCCUCCGCCGCAUGCCGCCGCCGGAGGACCCCCACCCAGCAGCCCAGGCCAUGCGCCCAGUCCCUCGCCACAGCCCUCGCAGGCAUCCCCCUCGCCGCAUCAGGAGCUGAUUGGACAGAACAGCAACGACAGCUCUAGCGGCGGGGCGCACAGUGGCAUGGGCUCCGGUCCUCCCGGCACACCCAAUCCCCAGCAAGUCAUGCGGCCCACCCCCUCACCCACUGGCUCAUCCGGAUCGCGUUCCAUGUCCCCAGCAGUGGCACAAAAUCAUCCAAUCUCGCGUCCGGCGAGCAACCAGUCGAGCAGCGGUGGUCCCAUGCAGCAGCCACCCGUAGGAGCCGGUCCACCACCAAUGCCCCCUCAUCCGGGUCUACCCGGCGGGCCGCCGCCUCAGCAGCAAUCUCAGCAGCAGCAGCAGGCCUCGAACUCCGCCUCAUCCGCGAGCAACUCGCCGCAACAGACCCCGCCACCGGGCCCGCCGCCCAGUCAAGGAAUGAACAACAUGGGCACGCCCCCACCUCCACCUCAGGGUGCGUCCGGCGGGGGCUACCCGAUGCCGCCGCACAUGCACGGAGGCUACAAGAUGGGCGGACCGGGCCAGAGUCCGGGAGCGCAAGGCUAUCCCCCGCAGCAGCCGCAGCAAUAUCCACCAGGCAACUACCCGCCACGGCCGCAGUAUCCGCCGGGGGCCUACGCAACCGGACCCCCACCGCCACCAACCAGCCAAGGCGCCGGAGGAGCCAACAGCAUGCCAACUGGAGCCCAGGGCGGUGGCUAUCCGGGACGCUCCAUGCCCAAUCACAGCGGCGGAAGUCCACACGGGCAAUAUCCGCCGUAUCAGUGGGUGCCGCCGUCGCCGCAGCAACAAGCCGGUGCUCCACCGGGCGGUACGAUGGUUGGCAAUCACGUGCAGGGCAAGGGCACACCGCCGCCUCCGGUGGUGGGUCCACCGCCUCCUCAAGGCAGUGGCUCGCCACGCCCACUCAACUAUCUGAAGCAGCAUUUACAGCACAAAGGUGGCUACGGAGGCAGCCCCACGCCACAGCAGGGCGUGCCGCAAGGCUACGGCAACGGCCCGACCGGAAUGCACCCUGGCAUGCCAAUGGGUCCGCCCCACCACAUGGGCCCGCCGCACGGGCCCACCAACAUGGGUCCGCCCACGAGCACCCCGCCCCAGUCGAUGCUCGGGGGCCAGGGACAGCCGCCCGGCGGCCCGGACAGCGGAGGCCCCGAGCACAUAUCGCAGGACAACGGGAUAAGCUCUUCAGGCCCGACGGGCGCCUCCGGGCUGCACCCGGUCACGGCGGUGGUCACCACUGGUCCCGAUGGGACGCCCAUGGAUGAAGUCAGUCAACAGAGCACGCUCUCGAAUGCAUCAGCGGCAUCCGGCGAAGAUCCCCAAUGCACCACACCAAAGUCGCGCAAGAAUGAUCCUUAUAGCCAAAGUCAUUUAGCCCCACCGAGUACGUCGCCGCAUCCCGUUGUGAUGCAUCCGGGCGGCGGCGGUCCCGGCGAGGAGUUCGACAUGAGUUCGCCACCCAAUUGGCCGCGUCCGGCUGGCAGCCCGCAGGUGUUCAACAGCCACGUGCCCGUGCAGCAGGAGCCCUUCCGCAGCACCACAAAGAAGUCGGAUUCCCUGUGCAAGCUGUACGAAAUGGACGACAAUCCGGACAGGCGAGGAUGGCUGGACAAGCUGCGGUCGUUCAUGGAGGAGCGACGGACGCCGAUCACCGCCUGCCCAACCAUCUCAAAACAGCCACUCGAUUUAUAUAGGUUAUAUAUUUAUGUAAAAGAACGUGGCGGAUUCGUCGAGGUAUGCAAGGUGACCAAGAGCAAGACCUGGAAGGACAUUGCCGGGCUACUGGGAAUCGGGGCCAGCAGCAGUGCGGCCUACACGCUGCGGAAGCACUACACCAAGAAUCUGCUGACCUUCGAGUGCCACUUUGACCGCGGCGACAUCGAUCCCCUGCCCAUCAUCCAGCAGGUGGAGGCCGGCAGCAAGAAGAAGACGGUCAAGGCCGCCUCCGUCCCCUCGCCAGGUGGUGGCCAUUUGGAUGCUGGGACAACCAACUCGACAGGCUCGUCGAACUCGCAGGACUCAUUCCCGGCCCCGCCAGGCGCCGCCCCGAACGCCGCGAUCGAUGGCUAUGCCGGCUAUCCGGUGGGCGGCAGUCCAUACCCCGUGGGCGCCAGCGGGCCGCAGCCGGACUAUGCGGCGGCUGGCCAGAUGCAGCGCCCGCCCUCGCAGAAUAACCCGCAGACACCUCAUCCCGGCGCCGCCGUAGCUGUUGCCGCCGUCGGCGAUAAUAUAAGUGUGAGCAAUCCCUUCGAGGAUCCCAUUGCUGGCGCUGGUCCUGGCUCUGGUCCUGGCCCUGGUCCUGGUCCAGGUGCAAGUGCAGGUGGUGCUGCUGUUGCUGCUGUUGCGGGUGGGGCCCUGCCACCGCCACCUCCCCAUUCACCGCACGCCACCCAGCAGUCGGCCGCGCAGCAGCAACAGCAGCAGCAGCAGCAUCCCCAGCAUCCGGGCCUAGCCGGGCCGCCGACACAGCAGCAGCAGCAGCAGCAGUCGCAGUCGCAGCCACCCCAGCCGCCGGGUGCUCCACCGGCGGGUGCACCACAGCAGCAGCAGCAACAUGGGCCUGGGCCUGGGCCUGGGCCGGUGCCUCCCUCGCCGCAGCACCUGCCGCAGCAGCAGCAGCACGUGCGCCCAGCCGCAGGAGCACCUUAUCCGCAAGGUGGCUCCGCUUAUCCAACGCCUGUGUCUAGAACGCCAGGCUCUCCCUAUCCAUCACAACCAGGAGCUUAUGGGCAGUACGGUGCGAGCGAUCAGUACAAUGCCACGGGGCCGCCUGGCCAGCCGUUUGGACAGGGCCAAGGACAGUAUCCGCCACAGAACCGCAAUAUGUACCCUCCCUACGGGCCGGAGGGGGAAGCUCCACCGGCUGGUGCCAAUCAGUAUGGACCCUAUGGCAGUCGGCCGUACAGUCAGCCCCCGCCAGGGGGGCCCCAGCCGCCGGCGCAAGCAGUUGCGGGUGGGCCGCCCACGAGUGGAUCGCCUGUGGCGCCACCCACUGGCGGCUAUGCACCAGGAACACCCACGCAGCAGGACUACUAUCGACCACCACCCGAUCAGAGCCCGCAGCCGCGAAGGCAUCCCGACUUCAUCAAGGAUCCACAGCCGUAUCCAGGCUACAAUGCAAGACCACAGAUUUACGGUGCAUGGCAAGGCGGUGCGCAGCAGUAUCGACCCCAGUACCCGACCUCUCCCGCACCUCAGUCCUGGGGCAGUGCUCCGCCCCGCGGGGCAGCACCUCCGCCUGGGGCACCGCACGGUCCGCCGAUACAACAGCCAGCAGGAGUGGCCCAGUGGGAGCAGCACAGGUAUCCGCCACAGCAGGCCCCGCCGCCGCCUCCCCAACAGCAGCAGCAGCAACAACAACAGCCACCAUACCAGCAGGUGGCACCACCCGGCCAGCAGCAGCCGCAGGCGCCUCCCCAGUGGGCCCAGAUGAACGCUAGCCAGCCCACGCAGCCGGGCAUAGCUCCUCCAGGAUCCCCGCUGAGGCCCCCGUCUGGCCCGGCAAGUCAGCAGCAGCGGAUGCCCGGCAUGCCUGGCAUGCCACCCCAGCAGCAGGCUCCGGGAAGCCAGCAGCCACCCCAGCAACCGCCACACGGAGGCGGCAUCCCCUCGCCAGGCAUGCCCCAGGUGCCCGGGGGGAUGGUGAAGCCACCGUAUGCCAUGCCACCGCCGCCAUCUCAGACGGUGGGCCAGCCCGUCGGUCAGCCGGCACCCGGCGUUGGAAUGAUUCCGCAGAAACAGCCGCCCAUCGUCGGUCCGGGAAUGCCGCAGACGCUGCAGCAGCCACCUCCCCACCAGCAGCAUCCACAUCCGCAUUCGCACCAGCAGCACCCACAGCAUCCACAGCAUCCCCAGCACCCCCAGCAUCAGCACCAGCUGCCGCCUAAUCAACAGCAGCAGCCCGGCGGCUAUGCUCCGCAGGUGCCCGUAGGCGGUCCUGGGGCUCAGUUGGUGAAGAAGGAGCUGAUCUUCCCGCACGACAGCGUGGAGUCGACGACCCCGGUGCUGUACAGGAGGAAGCGAUUAACCAAGUCGGAUGUGUGCCCAGUGGAUCCGUGGCGGAUAUUCAUGGCCAUGCGAUCUGGACUGCUGACAGAGUGCACGUGGGCCCUGGACGUGCUCAAUGUGCUACUCUUCGACGACUCCACGGUGCAAUUCUUCGGCAUCUCGAAUCUGCCUGGCCUGCUGACGCUGCUGCUGGAGCACUUCCAGAAGAAUCUCGCCGAGAUGUUCGACGAACGCUGUGAGGAGCCACUGGACGAGGCGGAAGACGACGCGGACAGUGGCACGGUGAUGUGCUCGGGUGGCCUCGAGCGCAGGGUGCGGGGCGGACGACAGACGCGCUGUGUGCGGAGCAUCUGCAGCUACAACCGGAAGCGCCACUACGAGAAUAUGGACCGGAAGAACGGCGGCAGCGACUCCGAGGACGCCGACGAAGGCAUCGAUCUGGGCCAGGUGAGAGUGCAACCCAACCCCGAAGAGCGAUCCCUGCUGCUCUCCUUCACGCCCAACUACACGAUGGUCACCAGGAAGGGUGUGCCCGUGCGCAUUCAGGCGGCGGAGCAGGACAUCUUCGUCGACGAGCGCCAGAAGGCGUGGGACAUUGACACCAACAGGCUGUACGAACAGCUGGAGCCGGUGGGCAGCAAUGCCUGGACCUACGGCUUCACCGAGCCAGAUCCCCUCGACGGCAUCAUCGACGUCUUCAAGUCUGAGAUCGUAAACAUUCCAUUCGCACGCUAUGUCCGCUCCGAGAAGGCGAAAACGCGGCAGGACAAUGACACGGCCACCAGCCCCAAGCCGGACAUCAAGCAGGAGGAGAACACGACGAAUAGCACUGAGGAUGGGCUCCAGGAGUCCUUCAACAAGAAGCGCCGCCUGGUCAGCGGCGACAGCAGCAGUGAAGCCGGCGAAGGAUCUGCCGGUGUCAAGAAAUCCAAGCUGCUGGCUGACGAGAUCGCCCCGCCAAACGCCGAGGUGAAAAAGGAACCGGGAACCUCCGGGACGACGGACGCCAGUGACAGCGAUUGUCGCGCCGUCGACAUGGAGAUCGAGUCGCCCAGCCUGCAGCAACAGCAACAGCAGCGUCUAACCAACGGAAUAGCCUCCGCCUCCCCGCCCUUGGGCGCCUUCGAUCCCAGAGGGACGGUGCGGGAUGCGGCGCAAGUGCUGCAGCGGAAACGCGACUCCAGCUACGAGGACGAGUGCUACACGCGGGACGAGGCAUCGCUCUACCUGGUGAACGAGAGCCAGGACUCGCUUGCACGCCGCUGCAUCGCUCUCUCGAACAUUUUCCGCAAUCUGACCUUCGUGCCCGGCAACGAGACGGUGCUGGCCAAGUCGACGCGAUUCCUGGCCGUCCUGGGGCGCCUGCUGCUGCUGAACCACGAGCACCUGCGGCGCACCCCCAAGACGCGCAACUACGACCGAGAGGAGGACACCGACUUCAGCGACUCGUGCAGCUCGCUGCAGGGGGAGCGCGAGUGGUGGUGGGACUACCUGAUCACCAUUCGGGAGAACAUGCUGGUGGCGAUGGCCAACAUAGCCGGCCACCUGGAGCUCUCCCGCUACGACGAGCUGAUCGCCCGCCCACUCAUCGACGGACUGCUUCACUGGGCUGUAUGUCCCAGCGCCCACGGCCAGGACCCGUUCCCCUCGUGCGGCCCCAACUCUGCGCUCUCCCCGCAGCGCCUUGCGCUCGAGGCGCUUUGCAAGCUGUGCGUGACGGAUGCGAACGUGGACCUGGUCAUUGCGACGCCACCGUUCUCCCGCCUCGAGAAGCUGUGCGCGGUGCUGACGCGCCACCUGUGCCGCAACGAGGACCAGGUGCUGCGCGAGUUCUCUGUGAAUCUGCUGCACUACCUGGCGGCGGCGGACAGUGCCAUGGCGCGGACGGUGGCCCUGCAGUCGCCAUGCAUUUCGUAUCUGGUGGCCUUCAUCGAGCAGGCCGAGCAGACGGCCCUGGGCGUGGCCAACCAGCACGGACUCAACUUCCUGCGGGAGAACCCCGACUCGAUGGGCACCAGCCUGGACAUGCUGCGGCGGGCGGCCGGCACUCUGCUGCACCUGGCCAAGCAUCCGGACAACCAGUCUCUCUUCAUGCAGCAGGAGCAGCGGCUCCUAGGGCUGGUCAUGUCCCACAUUCUCGACCAGCAGGUGGCCCUGGUCAUCUCCCGGGUGCUGUACCGCGUGUCGCGCGGAGCCAGCCGGAUGCACUCGGUGGAGUUCAGACUCUUGCAGCAGCGACAGCAGCAGCAACAGCUGCAGCAGCUGCGUCCUUCGGAGAAUCAAGCUCUGGCCGCAAGUGCGGAAGCAGCAGCCGCCGCAGCAACAGCAGCUGCAGCGGCAGCCAGUGGCAGCGGUGUGAAAUUGGAGUCUGGGAGUGGAGAACCGAACGCUGAUCCGCUGAGUGGCGUCGAUGUCAAGCCCUCGCCAGCAGCCACAUCCACGACUUUGUCCACAUCCGGCAGCGGAAUGAUCUCCUCGGCGAUCAAUGAUGAGAACAGCAACAGCAGCCAGCAGCUGCCGCCGGCAGCCACCUUCAACGACGUGAGCAACAGCAGCACCAACAGCAACAGCUGCGGGACGGCCAGCAGCAACCAGACCAACAACAGUACCACCAACAGCAGCAGUAACAGCAGCAACAGCCUAGGCAGCCAGUCCACCUCCACCAUGAACAAUGCCCCGACCACGCCAGCAGCACACAUAACUCCACCAUCGGUCACCGAGCAGCAGCAGCAGCAACAGCAACAGCAGCAGCAGCAGCAGCAGGUGAGCAAAGCCGCCGCCACAGCCGCACUGGUGUCCUCGAACCUCAGCGGGAGCCUGAGCAAUGCCACUUCAGCUGCAUCUGCAGCGCCGCCACCAUCCUCCUCCUCCUCAGCGAGUGCGGCCUCGGCCACGGCCGUGUCGCAACCGGCGGCGGCACCACCGCCAACGAAUGCAGGAACGACGACAGCCGUUGCGUAGUAUACGACAAUGCUGCCAGCGUCCUACUACUGGCCGCGCCGCGGGGCAGUCGACUGAGAAGUAGCCGGAACCGGAGUCGGAGUCGGAGCAGGAGACUGGAGACCGGAUCGGAUAUGGAUGUAAUCAAAUAAUGUACAUUUACUUAAGAGGAGGCCUCCUGUGUGACCUGUAUGUGCUAUGAUGUGCUAUGCGUAGGGAGAACGGAAUGAGAAUUCCCCAGAGAAGGAGAAGGAGCAGGAGAAGGCGAGAGCCAGAGCCAGAGCCACAGGCCACAUGUCAUAUGUGGGCAUCACUGAACAGUCAAUACAAUAACAACUGUAUAUUUUUUCACUCAAAUCUAAAAAUAGUAAAUAUAUAAACUAAAGCCUAAGAAUAAGCGAUUGCAGCAGCCACAUAAUAAUUAUAACGAUAAAGAUACAAAGGUGAAGCAGAUGCAGAUGCAGGAGCAGAACCGAAGCAGGAACGAACACGAUCGAGUGCGACGUUUCGCAACAGUAGCAGGGCAUGAGUACCGUACCGGAGGAGUACCGAAAGGAGAGCGCCUAGGCAGAAGAAGGAUAAGAGAAGCGAAGCGAAGAGACAGAAAGAGAAUUCAAGCACACAGCAUACUUAUUGUAUUAAAUUUAAUAAAUGGAGGAAAUGGAGAGAAAUGGAGAGAAAGAGCAGGCGUUAUGAGGAGAGCAACGUAACUAACACAUCCAUAUGCAUACGCACGCUAUGGUUUAUCGUAUAUUAAAUAUAUAUAUAUAUAAUAAAUGCAUAAACUAACAUUAAACUACAAACAAGAGAAUGGUGUGUGGUGCAUGCACGCGUACGUAUAGACAUUGAUUGAUAUAUAUUAAUAUAUAGAGAGCAUAGUUUUUAAAAUUCUACCACUUACUAAUACUACAUAUUACAAGAGAAAUAUGCAGAAAAGAAACUCAAAGUGAACAAACCAGAAAUCAACGUACGACAGAGGAGACCAGAGAGAGAGAGAGAGUCCGCUCCGAGUCCCCCAAUAUAAUAAUAUAAUAAUAUAUGUAUGACUAUUUGUAAUACAGUUUAAAUGCAGUUUUAUGUGAACUAA